UUUGUAUUUCAGGAAGAGGGCAAGUCUGAACCAUCAAAGGAAGGAGAGAAUAAGGCUCAACCGCCAGAAGAAAAGAAGGAGGAAGAGAAGAAAGAAGAAUCGGUAGCCAAAACACAGCAGUCCGCUGAGCCGGCACAGCAGCAGCAAUCUGCCGAACAGCCAAAGAAAACGCAGAUGUCGGAUGAGGAGAAGAAAGAAGAAAAGGCAGAGGCCAAAUAA